CAGCAAUGGGAGUGUCGGGUGACGCCGGAGCUUCGCUCACCGAAACGGUAGGCUUAAAGAGACAACAGCGAAGCCGGGCUAGUCUUUAGUGGAGAAUUAAAUCACUUUACAUAGCCUAAAUAAAGGACCAUGUCGUGGCACACUACAUAAGGGACUCACACGCAGGGAACGAGAGGACGUCAGGCUAUACUUCUGGAUCUGGAACCUGCUCAAGCUGCUGGUUCUGUCCACGUCUGCACACAGCAGUGUUAGAUAAUGAAGAAUGUUCACCGUAUUACCCAGGACUGACUUCAAGGAAACCAUGAGGAGCACAAGGGGACGUUCACUUGUUGGGUUCCACUAGCAGGAAUUGUGUAUGUCAGUGUUGAGGAGUCUGUGUGGGUGGAUGUGUGUGCGCGUGCGUGUGCGUCUGUAUGUGUGCGUAUGCUAGCAUCACCUGCCUGCUUCAGGCAAUGACAUGCUACUCUGAGGACUACUGUACAGUAAAGGAUUCCCAUCCACCCAAGGAUUAAUGCAGGGUCGACACUUUCGGUGAUACCCACCGCAUCUGCAGAAGACAUCGCUUCCUGCUCCGCAGAAAUCACCGUUAUAUAGAUACUUUGAAAUCUCUUCACCUGUUGUCUUCUGGCUAUCGUCCCCACACAUUCCCUUGGGGUUGUUUUGAAACUUCUCUGUUUUGCAUGGCAGGGGAGUAACCGUGGAGAGGCCAGGGUAUCACAAGCUUAUGGAUUUUGAGAAGCGAGGUGGGAAGGGAGAGACAGAGGAAGUAAAAAAAAUGUCGAAACCAACCGGUAGUAGGACUGGGGGCCGGGGAACAGGGAACUCUGGGGUCCUCAUGGUCGGCCCCAACUUCAGGGUUGGGAAGAAAAUCGGCUGUGGAAACUUCGGUGAACUGCGGCUGGGAAAAAACCUUUAUACAAAUGAAUAUGUGGCCAUCAAACUGGAGCCAAUCAAAUCAAGAGCGCCUCAACUCCAUUUGGAGUAUAGAUUUUAUAAACAGCUGGGAAAUUCAGAGGGAGUUCCUCAGGUCUUCUACUUCGGGCCUUGCGGGAAGUACAACGCUAUGGUUCUGGAGCUGCUCGGGCCCAGUCUAGAGGACCUGUUUGACCUCUGCGACCGCACUUUCUCCCUCAAGACCGUCCUAAUGAUAGCUAUUCAACUGAUAACACGGAUGGAGUUUGUUCACACACGAAGCUUGAUAUAUCGAGACGUCAAGCCAGAGAAUUUUUUAAUGGGGCGGCCGGGGUCCAAGAGGCAGCACACCAUUCAUAUCAUCGACUUCGGGCUUGCCAAAGAAUACAUAGACCCCGAGACCAAAAAACACAUCCCAUACCGAGAGCAUAAGAGCCUUACUGGCACUGCCCGGUAUAUGAGUAUCAACACACAUUUGGGAAAAGAACAAAGCAGAAGGGACGACCUAGAAGCACUGGGCCAUAUGUUUAUGUACUUCCUGAGAGGCAGUUUGCCCUGGCAGGGCUUGAAGGCGGACACAUUGAAAGAACGCUACCAGAAAAUUGGUGACACCAAGCGAGCCACACCGAUAGAAGUGCUAUGUGAAAGUUUCCCAGAGGAGAUGGCCACUUAUCUGAGAUAUGUUCGACGACUGGACUUCUUUGAGAGACCGGAUUACGAAUACUUAAGGAAGCUCUUCACAGACCUCUUCGACAGGAAUGGUUUUGUCUUCGAUUUCGAGUACGACUGGGUCGGCAAGCCUCUCCCUACACCUAUAGGCCCAAUCCCCACAGACACACCCCAGCCUAGCAGAGACAAAGCACAACCGCAGACUAAAAACCAGUCACCCGAGCCCAAACGAAGCGAGUCUCAGCCCACUCCGGUGACCAAUAGGGAGACUCUGGGGUCUCAGGUGACGGCCGAGAGGCUCGGGGGCUCCGUUCAGGUCAUGAGCUCCACAAACGGAGAGCUGAACACAGAUGACCCGACUGCAGGACACUCCAACGCCCCCAUCACUGCACCUGCUGAGGUAGAGGUGGCAGACGACACAAAGUGCUGUUGUUUUUUUAAGCGGAGAAAGAGGAAAGCUCUUCAGAGGCACAAGUGAAGCGCUCGUGGAAAAGAACUUGAAACAUUCUGGUCACUGUUAAGUUUAAAAUGCAAGCAAAUACACAAAUCUCUCUCUCUUUCUGUCUUUCUCUAUAUCUCUCUCUCUCUCUCUUUUCCCAUCACACUUUCUUUCAUAGAUGCUUCACCACUUAUUGGAGUGCAAAGGAAUGUUGUUGACUGUCCAACAGACUCUGGUUCCUUCCUUAAAAAAAAAAAAAAGAAGAAAUGAAGAUACAUAAGAUGUGUAAAAAUCAAAUCACACAUAAACGCUCAAAAAGAAUGAGAUGAUACAAGAGUGAUUAAUGAUACAAGACCACAGUGGUGUGAACUGAAAAAAGAGGCUGUUUGAAACAGCUGAUAUGUUUCUAGAUUCCAUGCAGAGUGUUUAUUGUUCAUUGAUCAGGGGACAAAAUAUCAGUGAGCGGAUGAUUUAAGUUUUCUUAGAAAUAGUUCUUAUUUGUGGCAAAAAACAUGAGGGCAGGAGUCGCCUCUGCACUGGGAAAGAGUCACCAAAUUACAAAAUAACAGGACGCAUUUCAUCUCAACCAGACUCUGGAGUCUUUUUUUUCCCCCCACUGUAAUUAUUAUAAUUUUUUUUAAUGAUUUACAGGAAUCCUUCAGUUGUAAAGCAGUUGUAGUGUCCUGGAAAUGCUUUAUUUCUGUCCUUUAUUUUUGUCUUGUUUUUUUUCUUCAUAUAAAUUCUUCCAUUUUUUUUUUUCUUCUGUCAUUGUGGACUCUGUAGCACAGUUACUGGCCUCAGGUACUGUGGGGGACGGAGAUACAAAUGGAUAUUAUUCUCUUGUCAUUGUUGUUAUUGCACUUUUGGAAAAAAAAAGAAGACAACAACCGUGGGCUUGAAUUAAAAUGAUGAGAUAAAUGUCAGACUAUAUGAACUGAUGUGGGAGAGCUCCCGCAACAGGGCUGAUAUCUGUUCAAGGACCGUUAAAAAAAAGAAGAAAUGUACUUCAGUUUUAUUUCUCACAUCAAAAUUUAUUUACCAGGAAAUCAUAGUUUGUGCCUUUCCAAGUAAAAUGUUUAAAAUUUAA